UUGUUUUUCCUUUCAUUUUCUUUCACUUUUCUUACCUUUUUCUUUCGCUUCUGUUCGUAUCGUUUUCUUUCACCGCUUCUUUACGUCCUCUUUCUCUUUUCAUCUUUCAUGUUUUUAAUUCUAUUUUCUCUAAUUUUUUCAUUUCAUUCAUUCUUUGCUUUCAUUUUCUUUCACUUUCUUUUCGUUUUCCCAUUUUCUUUCAUUUUUUCUCCCGUAAUAUUUUUUUCCAUUUUUUUUUUCAUUAUUCUUUCCCCUUUCCCAGUAUAUUUUAUCUUUUUUCAUAUAUUUAUUUUCUUUCCUUUCUUCUUUUUACACAUUCUGAAUUUCCACCAUUUUAUUCAUACAGGCUUCUAUUUCUUACCAAUCACCAAUCUCUCUCUUCUUGUACUACGUUGUCUACCGACUACGUGCUCGUCUUUCUCGUUCCUAUCUCUCCGCUCCGACAAAAUGGCGUCAUGUCAGCCUAAUCGCAAAUGGCGGGUCUCUGACCUCGUUGGCAAUGCUAUAAACAAUAUAACAAUAUCUUUUGGCAAAUGUUCAUUCUCCCCUGAUUAUUUCUCUCACUUACACAUACACACAUACUAUAUCCAUAUCUAUCUAUCUAUCUAUCUAUCUAUCUAUCUAUCUAUCUAUCUAUGUACAAACUGCGUUUGGCUAAGGUUUAGCUGGAUCAUUCCACUUCGUGACAAUUUUCUGACCCUCUCUCUCUCUCACACACACACAUUAACCUUUUUCUCUUAUUCUUACUUUCUCUCUCUCCUUUUCUCAAUCUAUGUCUCUUUCACACUUCUCCCCAUACACGCACUCUCCUUUCCUGACCUUUUAUCUACGAAUCCGUGA